UUUUUUUUUUUUUUUUUUCUUUUAUACGACACACACACACGCACAUAUUUAUAUUAUAUGCCACUCUUGAACAGAAAGCGAAUUCCACCUGCGGCGACUAUUCCUUAUGAACCAAAGCGCAAGAGGAAAGAAGUGUGGUACCUUCGAUCGACUAAUGAAGUAUUUGAUAAUUACGAAGAAUAUAUAAACAAAUUAUCUUUAUAUCAUCAAGCUGUCUGGGAGUGUGAAGUUACUGGUAGACAAAACUUGACAUAUGAACAAGCCUUGGAAAGUGAAAGGAUGGAGGGUGACAGAGCAGAGUUCAAAUUUUCUGAAGUGUUACGAAAAAAGAUACUGGCUCGGGUUCAAUUCCAAACGAUUCGACUGGAUGAACUCAUUGAUGAUAUCAUGAAUUAUUUCAAAGACAAUUAUCUUGUGGGUGAAGUUGUUCAAUGCACCUUGAAUAACAAUGAUUACUUUGCUAGAAUCGUCGAUAUUAUCCCUGACAGUUGGUCAAUGAACAAUGAAUCAACACGGCAACAGCAACCACAGCAGCAACCGUCUUCGUCUGAAGUGCCUAGACAACCAAACGGUAGACUCCGAUUUCCAGAUGCUUUCCUUCAUCCAUCUGAAGGAGAAAAUAAUCAUAUGUUAUCUCUAGGAGGAAGGAUGUAUAAGGUACAGCUAAUUGACGAAAAAGGAAGAUCGUUAGAAGAGUAUAUUCGUACCGUCGGUCAAUAUUCUAUCAGAAGAGAACGUGAAUCAUUUAAUCGUCAUAAUGUCCAGUGCUUUAUCCGUGAGUGCUUUUAUAGAGAUAACUAUGUUGGUGCUCCAUGGUUGAUCAAGCCAAAUAUAGCGCAAUACUAUUGCAUUGAUUCAACUUUACCUCAACACCUACAGGAAGCACAAAAUGAUUUUCUCAAGAGCAACAAACGACGAAAAUUAAUGCAGACACGAACGACGGAUGACAGAAUGGCAGAAAGAAAAGCUAAAAAGGAAGAAUCGAUGUUACAAAAGGCUAAACUAAAAGAGGAACGAGAACGGCAAAAGGAGGAACGUAAACGUCAAGUGGCUGUAAAAUACCCCUUGGAAGAUCUGGAUCUCCCAAUUUAUCGCAAAGACCCAUCAUUAAACUGGCUGCUUGUUGACAUGUCGCCCCAAAAAUGUGAUAGCAAAGAGAUCAUUAUUCCUUAUCCUAGCGGCGGAAGAUCUUUGCGACCCAUGCCCCACAAGGAAUCAUCCAUACCCCCUGAGCUCUUUGAUUCUUUCCUCUCUGUUUGGUCUUUCUUGACCGUAUUUGCUGAGCCAUUGAAGGUUUCGGCUUAUAGCGUAGACGAAUUUGAGGGCGCAUUAUUCCAUAAUACGCAUCAACCCAAAGCAACUGUGCUUGUCGAGUAUAACGCGUGUCUACUCAAUGUGAUUAUCAAUGAACGUAAUGAUGAUACCUCCAACGAAAUAAUCAAUGGCGACGUUGUGGACCAAUACAUCGAGGAUCUAGAAGAUCAAGAAGAAUCGGAUGAAGAAGAAGAUACCAAAGAGGAACGUAAACCUGUGCUUCCUACUGUAGAAAGAGGAUGGCGUGACAAGGAACAUUUGAGAAUUAGUUCAAGAUGGGAUCAUAAAGAGUUACGUGCAAGCACUGAGCGACGUGGAUGGGAAUCCAGUUUGAUAGGUUGCUUGAAUGACGUGGCAACUCCCGAUAUGAUUCCUGAUUUGAAUGAAAUCUUGCAGCAUCUUGUUCCUCGUGCAAAUUCGACAGCCGCUGAAAGAGAAAAGCGAUACCCUACUUUAAGCCUCAAACAAAAGCUUGAUAUCUUGGAAUUUUUGGUCAAUGUGGUCAAUGAAUCUAACUUGAUCAAAAAUUAUAUGGAAUACUGUCAAGAACAACUGUCGGAAUAUCGUAAACAAAAGAUUGAACUUAACAAAGAGAGCAAAGCUCUAUCAUUUAGGAGAAUUGAAAUGGAUAAGCGAGAUCGUGCUGAGAAGAGAGCAAAAGGAAAUAAUGGCGAAGAGGAAGAAGAAGAGCACCUUGACAGCAGCGACAGCUCUGAUCAUUCAGAUAAUGAAUCUGAUGAAAGUGACUCAUCUGAGGAUCAAAACUUGAGUCGUGAAGGCAGACAUCAAUCAAGGCAAGAGAAGCUUAAACAAAAGCAACGAGAGAGAGAAGAAAUGGAACAUGUACGAAAGAAGGUUCAUGCUGAACAGCGAGAGGUAGCAAAGGCAAAGAACCAAGAGCAAAAGAAUAAGGCAAAUGAAAGACGCAAGCUCGAGGAAGAAGAGAAAGUUUUAAAGAAAAAGGAGGAGCACCUGGAGAGAUGCAUGAGAAGAUAUAUGACACUGAGAAUACGUCCCUUGGGGAAAGAUAGAUUCUAUAAUCAAUAUAUAUAUCUUGAUAACAUUGGUGUAUCCAACACAUACGGAACAGGAAGAUUGUAUGUACACAGUCCGACAGAUGUUGACAUUCAAUUGUUACUAGAAAGAGAUUACAUGACUGAUCUACCUGAGCGUCACUAUGGCUACGGUGGUGGCCGUUCCUUUGUCCUGAAGCUAAUGAAAGAUCAAGGAUUAGUGGAAGAAAGUGAAUGGCUCGAAAACCGUAUGGAUGAACUUAUCUCUGGCAAUCCAAGUGAAUACAAAGGAUGGUGGAAAUAUUAUUCUGAACCUGAAGAGAUUGAGCAACUCUUGUCUUGGUUGAACCCAAAGGGUAUUCGAGAAUCAAAGUUAAAGAACGAACUUUUAAAGCAGCAAGCGAAUAUAAUUGAUUCUAUAAAAAAGCGAAUAACUGCAUCCACAAAACCUGCUGAGCCAGAGACGCCAAAACGUACGACUCGAGCAAAAUCUGCAUCAAAAAAUUAAAAUUUCAUUUCAUUCAAGUUGUCCUUACUGCUUGUCUUUUCAUUAAACAGCUGUUUCCUGUACCUGUACACUUUUUAUUUCAAAUAAAAACGCGUCUUUGACACACAAUAUGCCUUUAAAAUAUGCAUAACAC